CGCUGGAGUGAUGGCGGGCCCCCUGAGGGGCGGCGGGGCCGAGGCCCUCGACCUGCUGCGCGCCCUGCCGCGCGUCACCCUGGCCAACCUCAGACCCAGCCCCGGCUCCAAGAAACCGGAGAGACGAAGAAGAGGGCGGCGAAGAGGUAGAAAAUGUGGCAGAGGUCAUAAAGGUCAGAGGCAGAGAGGAAACCGUCCCCGUUUAGGCUUUGAGGGGGGUCAGACGCCGUUUUACCUACGUAUCCCAAAAUAUGGCUUCAAUGAAGGACACAGUUUCCGGCGUCAGUACCCGCCCCUGAGUCUCAACAGACUGCAGUACCUUAUCGACUUGGGCCGAAUCGAUCCUACUCAACCAAUCGACUUGACCCAGCUUGUCAAUGCGAGGGGCUUGGUCAUCCAGCCUAUGAAGAGAGACUACGGGGUCCAUUUGGUAGAGGAGGGUGCUGAUAUCUUCAAGGCAAAGGUAAAUAUUGAGGUUCAGCUAGCUUCAGAACUGGCCAUUGCUGCAAUUGAAAAAAACGGUGGCGUUAUUACAACCUCCUUCUACGAUCCGAUAAGCCUAGGAAUUCUCUGCAAGCCCGUUCCCUUUUUUAUGUUAGGAAAGCCUAUUCCAAAGCGCAUGCUCCCCCCAGAAGAGUUGGUCCCGUACUAUACGGAUGCCAGAUUUCGGGGUUACCUGGCGGAUCCAGCCAAGAUUUCUGAAGACAGACUUGAGCUAGCCAAGAAGUAUGGCUACAUUUUGCCAGAUAUCACCAAGGAUGAACUGUUCAAAAUGCUAAGCACCCGCAAAGACCCGAGGCAGAUUUUCUUUGGCCUUGCUCCAGGCUGGGUGGUGAAUAUGGCUGAUAAGAAAAUCUUGAAGCCUACAGAUCAAAAUCUACUCAAGUACUAUAGCUCUUAAAUCCUGGGUCUAGAGGGCAGCUGAGCAGUUCUGGAAUUACUCAGCGUCGUCUCCGCUGUUCCUCCUACUGAUUAAUCGUCCUGAAAUAGUAGAAGUUUCUUGCAUAAUUGCUCUCCUUUUUGCUUUCUCUGUUAAGUGAAAAUGCAGCAUGUUUAAGAAAAGAAUUCUUAAAUUUUACGGUGUUUCAGUGUACUUAAAUAAACGGAUUCAUUGUUGGUUUCACCA